CUCUGCUCUCGGUUCCUCUUUCCUCGCUCAAGAUGGCGCUGCUCGCGAUACAUUCCUGGCGCUGGGCUGCCGCGGCGGCUGCUUUCGAAAAGCGUCUGCGCCUCUCGAUUCUGAUCCGGCCUCUAGUGUCCGUGCGCGGUUCAAGUUCGCAGUGGGGGUCACGUCAACCCGGCAUCCCAGAAACCGCUCGGACCUCCCAGGCUCUCCAGGUGUGGCCGCUGAUAGAAAAGAGGACAUGUUGGCAUGGUCAUGCAGGAGGAGGACUCCACACAGACCCGAAAGAAGGGUUAAAAGAUGUUGAUACUCGGAAAAUCAUAAAAGCAAUGCUUUCUUAUGUGUGGCCCAAAGACAGGCCAGAUCUACGAGCUAGGGUUGCCAUUUCCCUGGGAUUUUUGGGUUGCGCAAAGGGCAUGAAUAUUGUGGUUCCCUUCAUGUUUAAAUAUGCCGUAGACAGCCUCAACCAGAUGUCGGGAAAUAUGCUGAACCUGAGUGAUGCACCAAAUACAGUUGCAACCAUGGCAACGGCAGUUCUGAUUGGCUAUGGUGUAUCAAGAGCUGGAGCUGCCUUUUUUAAUGAAGUUCGAAAUGCAGUAUUUGGCAAGGUAGCCCAAAAUUCAAUACGAAGAAUAGCCAAAAAUGUCUUUCUUCAUCUUCACAACCUGGACCUGGCUUUCCACCUGAGCAGACAGACAGGAGCUUUAUCAAAGGCUAUUGACAGAGGGACAAGGGGAAUCAGUUUUGUUCUGAGUGCUUUAGUAUUUAAUCUUCUUCCCAUUAUGUUUGAAGUCUCUCUUGUCAGUGGUGUUUUGUAUUACAGAUGUGGUGCCCAGUUUGCAUUGGUGACUCUUGGGACACUUGGUGCAUACACAGCAUUCACAGUUGCCAUCACUCGAUGGAGAACUAGAUUUAGAAUAGAAAUGAACAAAGCGGAUAAUGAUGCAGGUAACGCUGCCAUAGACUCGCUGCUGAAUUAUGAAACUGUGAAGUAUUUUAAUAAUGAAAACUACGAAGCACAAAGAUAUGAUGGAUUUUUGAAGACAUAUGAGGCUGCUUCAUUGAAAAGUACCUCUACUCUGGCUAUGCUGAACUUUGGUCAAAGUGCUAUUUUCAGUGUUGGUUUAACGGCUAUAAUGGUGCUCGCCAGUCAGGGAAUUGUGGCAGGUACCCUUACCGUUGGAGAUCUAGUAAUGGUGAAUGGACUGCUUUUUCAGCUUUCAUUACCCCUGAACUUUCUGGGAACUGUAUAUAGAGAAACUAGACAAGCACUCAUAGAUAUGAAUACCUUGUUUACGCUUCUUAAGGUAGACACCCGAAUUAAAGACAAAGUGAUGGCAUCUCCCCUUCAGAUCACACCCCAGACAGCUACGGUGGCCUUUGAUGAUGUGCAUUUUGAAUACCUUGAGGGGCAGAAAGUUCUUAAUGGAAUAUCUUUUGAAGUCCCUGCAGGAAAGAAAGUGGCCAUUGUAGGAGGUAGUGGGUCAGGGAAAAGCACAAUAGUGAGGCUGUUGUUUCGCUUCUAUGAGCCUCAGAAGGGUAACAUUUACCUUGCUGGUCAAAAUAUACAAGAUGUGAGUCUGGAGAGCCUUCGGAGGGCAGUGGGAGUAGUACCUCAGGAUGCUGUCCUCUUCCAUAACACCAUUUACUACAACCUGUUAUAUGGAAACAUCAAUGCUUCACCUGAGGAUGUGUAUGCAGUGGCAAAAUUAGCUGGACUCCAUGAUGCAAUUCUUCGAAUGCCACAUGGAUAUGACACCCAAGUAGGGGAACGAGGCCUCAAGCUUUCAGGGGGAGAAAAGCAAAGAGUAGCAAUUGCAAGAGCCAUUUUGAAGGACCCUCCAGUCAUUCUCUAUGAUGAAGCCACUUCAUCCUUAGACUCAAUCACUGAAGAGAUUAUUCUUGGUGCCAUGAGGGAUGCAGUCAAACACAGAACUUCUAUUUUCAUUGCGCACAGGUUGUCAACAGUGGUUGAUGCUGAUGAAAUUAUUGUCUUGGACCAGGGUAAAGUAGCUGAACGUGGUACCCACCAUGGUUUGCUUGCUAACUCCGGCAGUAUCUAUUCAGAAAUGUGGCAUACACAGAGCAGCUACGCGCAGGGCCGUGAUAACCCCACAUGGCAAGCAAAGAAAGAAAAUCUGUCCAAAGAAGAGGAAAGGAAGAAACUACAAGAAGAAAUUGUGAACAGUGUGAAAGGCUGUGGAAACUGUUCCUGCUAAGUCACAUGAGACAUUUUCUUUUCUUUUUUUUUUUUGACUAUACAUUUGCACUGAAACAAAAUUGUUUUAUUAAAAAAAUUAUAUAUUCCCAUUAUCUGUAUUCCUCCUUCCAGAUAAGAUUUAUUUGAAAGGUGAUUUGAGUUUUAUAUCUUUCACAAUCUAAUUUAAUGUGGUAUCUUUGUUUAUCACCAAAUUAUUUUCUUGUUACUGCCUUCAUUUUGCUCAAAUCACAAUUUUUGUUACUAUUUGACUUUACCCCAUUUCCAUUUUGGAGGCCCAGUAGUCAUUUGAUGAUGAAUCAGAUUGGUUUCCAAAUUUUAGUAGUUUUUAAAACCCUCUUUAUGCUGACAAUUUAGAUAAGUGUCUUCUUAAAAUUAAAAAAAGAAGACAGUGAGGUUCAUUGUUUCUCUUCCUUGCCACCCCUAUUGAAAUACUUCAGUGAUAGGUAUCUAUACUCAUGUUUGUAUAAAAAAUAUUUGCUGUUAUAUAUCUUUUGAGGAAAAACCUAAUUCUCAUGUUAGGUAGCAAGUGCAUCAUUAACCAGCAUUAUAACUAUCAUCCAGUGGUGAGAAUUUUAUUUUUUCCCACCAAAAUGAGAUAUCGCUUUUGUCUUGGACAAACAUUUAUAUAUUUCUCUUUAAAAACUUACAAACCCUGAUGUAACUUGUGACAUAUCAUACUGGAAGUAAUCUAAAAAGCUUAGGAAGUUAAUUGCCUUUUCUCUUUCCAUCUUAAAUACACUGUUUUUGUGAUCCGAAGUUAUAAAGAGAAACAAGUAAAUGAGAUGUGCGUAUGCAUGCGUGUGUGUACACACGCUCACACAUGUAAAUAGCAACAUCCACUUAAAAAUUCUUAAUGACCUUGAGAUAAAUAGGAGAGGUUGGACUGGAAUCUGUACUGACACUUUAGAAUUACUUUAUCACAAGGUCCCCUCUUCCUUUUUCAGUAAUUUGAUGAGUCCCUUUAAGCUUGGUAUAACAAAAAGUAGCCCAAAUGAAAUAUUCAAGUUUUGCCUGCUAGAAAUAAUUAAUAAAAUGUUGCUAUAUGUUCACUGAGAAUGCUCCUCUCUUUUAUAAUUUGAAUUUGCUUUGAUUUGUUUGGUAGUAAUAAUUCAGUUUGGAAAACUGUGUAUCUCAUGACUAACCACAUGACUAUAUGUAAUGAGGCUUUAUUUCUCAAAAAUGUUUUUAAAGUCGUUAUUUUAUUGGUUUAUGGUUUUAAUGUGUUUUAAAUGAUAAUUUGGUAUAGGCGAGACUAAUGUUUUCAUCUGCUUUGUAUUGUCAUUUGUGGGUAGAGCAACAUAUCUAACUCAAGUGUCCAGUUUUGUUAUAUUUGAUAAGUAUCAAUAUCUUGAAACCAGUGUGUCACAGUCUUUGACACCAGAAUAAGUAAUGCAGGAUCUUGCUUUUGUUUUUUUAAAUGUAAUGUUUAUUGUAUUUUUCCCCACUACCAUUUAGUCCCCUUAUAUACCCUUCCCCUUGGCAGUCACCACACUGUUGUCCAUGUCCAUGAGUCCUUUUUCCUUUUUGUUCAAUUAAGGAUCUGUCUUUUGAAGCUGUAGUUAAGACUGAGAUGUGUAAUCAUCUGCAAAAUGGAGGGGGAUGGGGAUGGGACAUUUCUUACUCUGAAGCCAUAGACAUUAUUGCUCUUAUGAAGGAAAAAAAAAACACAAUUCCUUUGAACAGAUCAGCUGUAUUGCUAGAAAUGUGGUUAGUCUGGAUAGAAAUUUUGCUUCUGUUAAUUCCUUCUACAUAUUUCCAAUGACACUGAUAGGCAAGAUUUAGCUUAGUUGUAUAAUCAAGCAGGCAAGAUUGAAGUAACCAUUAGAAAUACUCAUUUUGAGUGUAAAUAGUUGUAUUCAAAGUGAUUCUGCAAUAUGAGAAACAUUUAGUCAAAGGAAGAUAGGAAUAUUUUUAGGGUGGGGAUAAUUUCCCCUGUAAGAGAUUUAAACCUCUUUUUUGUCGUAUGACUGGAGGUGGAUCCUAGACCAUUGGGUCACUGUGGUCAUUAACCAGUAUUUUCAACUAAUAAAAAGUGACCUAAAACAUACAGUUUUUGUAGGGGUUAUAACUAAGUUUUAAAUAUUUUUCUUUUAACUUCAUCAUAUUAAGGUGUUCCAUACAGUGAAACAAUAGACAAAUUAAAAUGAAAGAAAAGUUUUCUGAAGAAAGGGCAAGAAAAAAUGGCCUUUAUUAUAAUUACAUUACAGUAUUACAUACACAAAAGGAUAAAGUGUAUAAAUUUCUAAAUCAGCACUGCAACAUAGUUUUUAAUGUAUUGUGAUAAAUAAGCUACAGUUUUGAAAUAUGUGCCGUUAAAAUGGAGCAAGAUGAUAGGGUUUAAUCUCUCAUAUCCUACUGUUUUAAAGACUGAAAAGUUUACUUUCUUCCUAAGGGAAUUCCAGUUGACAAAAAUUAAAUUGAAACCAAGGUAAUUUGGGAUUAAAAAAAAAAAAACUGGGCCAGAUGUCUUCCUGGAGGUUUUUAACAUAGAAAUAUUUUGGUGAGCAGAUGUGCUCAUUUGGAAAUUGAGGGUCAUUUCUUAGAAACAGAAAGAAACUUUAGCAUUUGGACAAACUCAAAAUAUGCAUUUGCUUUUCCUCUGCAGGGAUUUGCACCUUUUGUAUGCCUUACGAUCAAUAUUUUGCCUUUUCCCUUAGAUACUGACAAAGUUCAGUUUGUAAGGAUGGCUAAUGCAAAAAUAUCUUUUGCAACUUCUGGCCAAGAUAGGGGCAUAGGUAGAUACACUUUGCCUCUUUGUACAACCAAAUGAAGGAAAACGACAAAUUUAAAAACACAAAAUAACCAGAACUGCCAGAAAAUCGAACUUACAUACAAAGGAGUUCCCAUAAGACUAUCAGCUGGUUGCUCAAGAGACCUUACAGGCAAGAAGGGGCUAGAAAGAAGUAUUCCAAGUCAUGGAAUGCAAGGACCUACAUCCAAGAUUGCUCUCUCCAGCAAAGCUAUCAUUUAGAAUGGAAGGGCAGAUAAAGUGCUUCCCAGAUAGAGUCAAGUUAAAGGAGUUCAUCAUCACUAAGCCCUUAUUACAUGAAAUGUUAAAGGGGCUUAUUUAAGAAAAAGAAGAUGAUUAAAACUGUGAACAGAAAAAUGACAACAAACUUACAACUAUCAACAACCAAGCCUAAAAAAAACAAAAACGAGCUAAGCGAACAACUAGAAUAGGAGUAGAAUCAUAGAAAUAGAGAUUACAAAGAGGGUUAUCAGCAAGGAGGACGAGCAGGGAGAAUAGGGGAAAAGGUACAGGGAAUAAGAAGCAUAAAUGGUCGGUACAAAAUAGAUAGGGGGAGGUUAAGAACAGUAUAGGAAAUGGAAAAGGUAAAGAACUUGUAUGUACAACCCAUGGACGUGGACUAAGGUCAAGGAAUGCUGGUAGGAGUGGGGUACAGGGUGGCGGGGAGUAAAGGGGAGAAAAAAUUGGACAACUGUAAUAGCAUAAUCAAUAAAAUAUAUUU